GCUGCGGCCGGGUCUGCGGCCACGCGCCCGCUGCCCUCGGGAGGCCUGGCGUCCAGGUGACACCUGCUGCGUCCCCGCCGCCGGGCUCGCGCCCCGAGCGGGAGGAGCCCUCGGGCCUCCGCGGCCCCGCCGCCGCUGCCUUCGCCUCCGCCGCCCGCCGAACCCGGGCCACGCUCCCGGGCAGGACUGGAAAUGAUCUCCACCAGGGUGAUGGACGUCAAGCUUCGGGAGGCUGCAGAAGGCCUCGGAGAGGACAGUGCAGGAAAGAAAAAGUCUAAAUUCAAAACUUUUAAGAAGUUCUUUGGGAAGAAGAAGAGGAAGGAAGUGCCUUCGUCCACAGGAAGCAGCACCUGGAAGCAGAGCCCGGUGAAGAGGGAGGUCAUCGCCAUCGAGUCAGGGCCGGUGGGCUACGACUCGGAGGAUGAGCUCGAGGAGUCGAGGGCUGUGCUGGGCAGCCGAGCCCUCUCCCAUGACAGCAUCUUCAUUCCUGAGUCGGGACAGGACCCUGCUCGGCCCGUGCGGGUGUUUUCCCAAGAAAACGUGUGCGACCGGAUUAAAGCUCUGCAGUUAAAAAUACAGUGUCACGUGAAAAUGGGGCCGCCACCUCCUACAGGAGGCCUUCCUGCCAAGCGGGGAGAGGACACCGGUGUGAGUUCGGAGGAUGACGGGCUGCCCGGGAGCCCCCCGGAGAUGUCCCUGCUGCACGACACGGGCCUCGGCACCAUCAUAAAGGUCUCCUUCGUCUCCUCGUCACGGCCGCCGUCUCCGGAGCAGCCCCCGUCCAGGCAGCCCCCUUCCCCAUCAGACAGCAGCGGGGCGCCCCCAGCGGACUUCAGCCAGCCCCCCGAGUCCUCCUCCUGCCUGGACAACUCCGCGGCCAAGCACAAGCUCCUGGUCAAGCCCCGCAACCAGCGCUCCAGUAAAAUGCGGCGGCUGUCCUCGCGUGCCCAGUCGGAGUCCCUGAGUGACCUGACGUGCGCCCCCGAGGAGGAGGAGGAGGAGGAGGGCGAGAAGGUGAUCCCCAAGGUCAGCGCAGAAGAGAGCCCCAGCCCUGGGCAGCAGGACCUGGUGCUGGACAGGGGCUCUGAACCAGGGGCCCCCGCCACCCCACUGCAGCCUGGGGGCACCCACGCGAGGGGCCCUGAGCUGGACACCCCCACUGCCCUGCCACAGCCUGGGGGCACCCAUGUCAGGGGCCCUGAGCCGGACACCCCAGCCAUGCCACAGCCUGGGGGCACCCACGCGAGGCGGGCACGCCUGCAGCACUGCCCCGCACUCAGUGCCAGCACUGAGGAGGGGCCGGCCCUUGGGGAUGAUCCCUGCAGCUGCCAGGCCACCCCAGAGGACACUGAGCCUGGGUCAGAGCCAGCCCCCUGCUCGGAGCCCCCAUCCCUGCCAGAAGGCCCCCCGCAGUCCAAGGCUGACAGCGGACACCAGGAGCAGGACACCGUGGAUGGGGCAGUUUGUGCUCCUGGCGACACUGAAAGUCGGUUCUCUGCCUGCAUCCCUGAGGGGCACACGGCACCCCCAGAUACCGUCACCACCGCCACCUUGGAGAUGCCCUCCAGUCCCGACAGGCCGGACCUAGAUGCCCAGAAGGAGGCGAAACUGACCCUGGAGGUGUCCAGUCCAGAGGGAGCAGAGAGAGAAUCCUCUGUAUCCCCCGCCCCGAGCCCACAGGCCCCCAAGAGCUGCUUGAAGCACAAGGCCCCGUCGGCCAGCGCCAGCCUCAGCCCAUCUCCCACACCCCUCGCCCCCGAGUCGCCGCAGGGAGAACCCACGCCCUGCUCCCUGGACAGAGAGGCGGCCCCCGCUGAGGCCCCCAAGGCCGGGCAGGUGUCUUCUCCACGGGGGGGUCCGGAGAGGAAGCUGGAGAGCGGAGGCAGCGAGCUGCGGAGCAUGAAGAAGUUCUCCGUGUCCUCCUGCCGCUUGCGGCCACACGCGGGCAGUGUCUGCCUCCCAGAGCGCACGGGCCCUGCGGGCCCCUCUGCCAUCCGGCUGCCCCUCCUCAGGAGUGGCCUGGCCUGGAGGAGCGAGGCGGAGCUCGAUGACCUCCAGGGGCCGUCUGGGCCCCGGAAUGGGAAACUGGACCCAGAGGAGCGCGAUGCUCAGGGCUCCGGGGACACAGCGGUCAGCCAGGCCGCCCUGGGCGGGGGCCCUCGCAAGGCGGCCACCUCUCCAGCCGCGAGAGACCCCUGCCCGGCCACUCAGGGGCCAGCCACCUUUCCCGUCAAGCUCCGUUCCACCUCCCUCUCCUUCAAAUACAGAGCCAGCUCCUCUCCAGAACAGAAAGGAGUAAAAAGAUACAGUGCCGAGAUCAGGUUAGAAAAGGGAGGACUGACUUUGCUCUCAAAAGAUGACAGAUGUCAAGUGGGGGCGGCCCCCGGCGUUCGAGGGGCCCGGUCCCCGAACGACCCUGGGAAGGUGAGGGCCCGACCGUCGGAGCAGCCCAGCUCCAAACCGCCCCUGCCCAGGAAGCCGCUUCUGCAGGCCCUCACCCUCCCGCAGCCCCCCGCGCCCCCUCACGCGAGCCCCAGCGAGCCGGAGAAAGCCGUCGUGCCCGCCGACUCCAGAAAGGAGAGCAAGAUGGUGGAGAAAAAGUCGGUGCCCAGGGUGGCGGAGAAGGGGCCGUCCCCUGCCGCCACGGGUCCCAGAGCCACCGGCCAGCCCACGCCACCCUGGGUCACCAUCGCACGGCAGAGGCGCCGAGGGGCGCCGGACCAGCCCCCCACCCAGGAAGACAGGCCUGGGGUGCGGACCCCAAAGUCCGAAGCGGGGAAGCAAACUAAGGCCCCGGAGAGAUCCCAGGAACCCGUGAAGCAAGCCGACUUUGUCCGCAGCAAGUCUUUCCUGAUAGCACCUGCCAAGCCUGCUGCAGAGCGGAAGCAGGAGAACAAGCUCAACCUCAAAGAGGGGCUGCAAAGAGGGAUCUCCUUGUCCCAUCAGAACUUGGCAGAUCAGUCUGCCGCGAUGAUGGAGAAAGAACUGAAUCAGCUAAAGAGAGCCAGUUAUGCCAGCGUGGACCAGCCCUCCUGGAUGGAACUCGCCAGGAAGAAAUCACAAGCUUGGAGCGACAUGCCUCAAAUUAUAAAAUAGGCUGGCAGCGAGCCGGUCCAGACUGCUUCUUCCUUGACGAACCACUUACGUAAAAACUGCCAGGAAAUCACGGCAAACAAACUGCGAAACUUAAGAUUGAAUUGAUCACCAGGUUAGGGGAGAGAGAGGCGGGGGAGGAGAGGGAGCCAGGUAAAACAGGGAAGACAAGCGCACAACCACCGUCCUGCACAGAACCACGUAUACAAAGGCCAGGAAUGAGAUCUAGUGCCCAAAGGUGAGAAUGAGCUCUUUCAGAUUCCCCGGAGAAGGAGGAUUCAGCAAGGCGGAAAAUGGAAACGAUAUGGGGGUGAUGCCUAGGCUGCGGCUGCAAGGCCAGAAGGGAAGGAUUCGGGGGGACGUGUGUGCUCUGCUGCUCUGUGCCCGUCUCGCCCGUGGGUUCCGUCUUCUCCCGUCUCGUUUGCUACUAGGCAUGACACCUGCGGUGGAGCAGGGACACCGUUUCCAAAAGCGGCUGUCAACCCAUCUGCUGCCCUGAUGAUCGCUGCUCUAAGGAGAAGCCAAAGGAACUAGACGAGUCAAAACUAAUUUUUAAGCAAGUUUUCCACUCUGCUUCUGGGUCCUUAACCAUUGCACAAUGCAUUGCCUGUUCAAUAAAAGAUUUCAAACGUA